CGAACGGCAGCCGGGUGUCGUGGUCGAGGAGCGCUCCGUCACUUGAUUGUCGCCAUUCUUGUUCUGCGUGCUUUAUCCAGCACCGGUCCACAUUGGGGAUUUGGGCUCGAAUGUAAGCAAAAAAGCUGAACUUGUCUUGACGCAUUGACAGAGGACUCGUCGCUCAGGUGCCGCCGCCUUCUUGUUGCCUCUAUCGGGUGAACCAACGACAUGUUCGGUGCUGCCGCUGCAUCGCGUGACGUCGAGGUCAACCCGCCUCCCGGUGACACGCCGCAAUGCAUCAAGUGGUCACCUGUCAGCAAUCAUCUGGCUGUUGGGAGCUGGGACUCAACGGUUAAGGUUUAUGAGAUUAGCCCCCAGGGACAAAGUGCGCCUCGCCAAGAAUUCAAGUUUGGUGCACCCGUUCUUGACGUUGAUUUUGUGGCGGAUGGUUCCAAGUGCGUGACUGCCGUGGCUGAUAAGACGGCGCAACUUUGUGACCUGGCCACUGGCCAAACUCAGCAGAUUGCCGCGCAUGAUGCGCCGGUCAAGUCGGCACGAUUUUUGCCCCAACUGAAUGCCGUCAUGACAGCUUCGUGGGAUCAGACGGUCAAGUUUUGGGACAUGCGAUCCCCCAAUGCUGUGGCCUCGUUCACGUUGGGUGGCCGCUGUUACUCUGCAGAUGCCGUCAACAACCUUGCAGCCGUGGUUACCUCAGACCGCAAGGUGUCCGUCUUCACGCUCGAUGGUGGCCCACGUCCUUUCCGCGAGAUUGAGCUUCGAGCCACAACCGCGCAGGCCGGCCAGUCUGCUUCACAAGCUUUGCUCAACCUCCAGCCCCGCGUACUGCGCUGCUUCCCGAGUGGCGAUGGAUUUGCUGUUGGCUCAAUCGAAGGCCGUGUCGCCAUCUUGUAUGCCGACCCAGCUAAACACGAGAAGGAAAAGUUUUCGUUCAAGUGCCAUCGCACGGCAGACAAGGGCUCAACGGACGCCUACGCGGUCAAUGAUAUUGCCUUCCACAAGCAGCACGGAACUUUUGCAACGGUCGGCGGCAAUGGUGUCUUUUACUUCUGGGACAAAGUCAACCGCAACAAGCUCAAGGAAUUCCCCAAAGCCAAGGCCGAAAUCACGUGUUGCGAUUUCAAUGGCGAUGGCACGCUCUUUGCCUACGGGUGUGGCUAUGACUGGUCCAAGGGCCACGCACAUUAUAAUCAAGCCGGCUACAAGGGUGUCUUGAUUCAUGCAGUGCAGUCAGCAGAUAUCUCCCCUCGCCCGGUGCAGCGCCGUUAAAUCCAUUUUGUAUUAAAUUUCGUGUUCUUGGCAUCGUACAGGCAGGGCUGUUUGGCUUUGUGAAUUGGUAAGUUCUGAGCUUACCGCUCAAGGGUGUCUGUUCUGUGAUCAAGGUCAAUAGCAUUCGUCGAGUGCAGA